AUGUCGUGGCGGAACUAUACGGUCCGUUUUACCAACGUUGGGUGGUACCCGUACGUGGAUAUACUUCGCGAUAAUUUCGGCCGUAAAACUCUCACUGGGCUUACCGGCCACAUGCUACAUUUCAUCAUCGGUUCUAUGGACAUGAAGUAUGAUGUCGUGUUCCCUAACGAUCGCCAGUGGGGAACUCUUCUACCGAACGGGAGCUGGACCGGGAUGAUUGGCGAUCUCACCCGAAACUAUGCCGAUAUCGCCGUCGGUCCUUUCGUAAUGACUCAAGAUGAAGCUGCCGUUGCAAUUCCUUCGUUGCCAUACGCGGACGAGGAUUUGGUUAUAUUAUCUGGGGUGGAUAAAGAGCAUGAGUCGAACGUGUACGGAUACAUUACCACGAUGGACUACCAGGUAUGGUUGCUACUGCUUGGCAGUUGCCUUUUUAUUAUGGGCGUCGUCGGCAUAAUGGACCUUCACACAAAUCCUUACAUGACACGGAGGCAGAGAAGGUAUCGCUUUUGGAGAAUCUUCUGGGUCUAUUGGGCUGCCGUCUUCUUUGAAGGAUCUGUAAUACACUUCCAUUCUCAUACGCAUCGAAUACUCCUUGCCAGCUGGUUAUUGGGCGUUAUGGUGAUUAUGCAUAUGUUCGUCGGAUACAUGGAAUCUACACUGAUGGUCAAAUCUGAAACAUUUCGGAUCAACGAUGUUGAGGAACUUCUUGAACGACCGAAGAUCGAGCCAAUGAUUUAUGAAGUUGGCGGCUACAGCUCUAUCUUUGAGAACACCGAAAGCGAUACCUUUAGGAGAGUGAUGCAGCAAGUGAGGAAGCAUGGCCGGUCCGCUUAUGGAGAUGAAAUGUUUACACCGGAUUCGCUACGACGCAUAUUGGAUAGAAAAGCGGUGAUCCUUAUGGAACCCCUUUCACUACAUACGCGCGUCGGCUCGCAGUGCGAUCAGUUUAAGGGCGAAGGUCUAUUCCAUAUUAGCAAACAAAGGUUACUGCAAAUUAAGAUGGUGUUCUAUAUGCGCAGACAACUCGACCGAAAAAUUCAAAUAGAAAUCCAAAAGAGGCUGCGUUUUAUAAUCGAUUCCGGUAUUUUUCGACAUUGGCACAAUACGCUGGUUAUUGAUAAAGGCGCCUGCUGGACCGUCGAACGUUCUGACCAUAUGCACGAUUAUGAAGAUCUACAUUAUUCGGAUCUCGCCUCCAUCUUCUACUUCUAUUUUGCUGCAUUGUAUAUGUCAUUCAAUGUUCUGGUCAUUGAAAUCCUCUACCGGCGAGGAUACUGUUGUUGUAAAUAUUACCCGCCGGACAAAGUUGCAGAAAAGGAGGAGAAACGUCGAAUCAUAGAAAGGAUGAGAGCUGAAGGCGCGGCAAGCGCUAUUCCAAGCAGCUGGCUGGAAGAUAUCGCCAUGCCCUCGAAUUCGGAAACAACUCGGGACGAGGUAACAGACCUCUUGACGCCAAGGAGUGCUAAAGCUCGCCGUGAGAGACGAGGCGGUAAAACACAUGUAACUGUGCUAUCGGCCACAGGUCAGUGCCGACACGAUCGACCUAUAUCGAGCUACGAAGCACAUGCCACCGUUGGUCCAGAAGUCGUACCUAAUGGUAGAAUUGCCUCGACCGAAGCUGAGUAUCCAGAAGAGCCUGUCUAUGGGCAAAUUUCGGAUGAGACUGUUGAAGAAACCGCAGGUAAGUUCAUCAAGACCCAUUCCGGCUGGGCUGCUGGCGAUGGCAAGUCCUCGAUGCUGUAA